AUGGCAGACAACCACGAGCAGCGGCCGCUCCUGGCCGACGCAGCGAGCACAUACACAUACGCCCCCUUGACCGACGACGACGAGGCCGCCGUCACGGCCAAGGACCAGCCCUCGCGCUCCGUCGACGACGACGUGCUCCCCGAGACGUCGGCGCUGGGCCGCACCCUCUCCUGGACGAGCUCCUACAUGCUCGUCAUGUCGCGCGUCAUCGGCAGCGGCAUCUUCGCCACGCCCGGCACCAUCUUCCAGGCCGCAGGCAGCCCGGGCCUGUCGCUGCUCCUCUGGGCCGUGGGCGCGCUCGUGGCCGCGGCCGGGCUCGCCGUCGCCCUCGAGUACGGCUGCAUGCUGCCGCGGUCCGGCGGCCAAAAGGUCUACCUCGAGUUCACGUACCGGCACCCGCGGUUCCUGGCGUCGACGCUCGUCGCCGUCAACGCCGUGCUGCUGGGCUUCACGGCCAGCAACUGCGUCAUCUUCAGCCGCUACGUGCUCUUCGCCGCGGGCCGCGACGACGCCGGCGACGGGGCGAGGAAGGCCCUGGCCGCCGGGCUGCUGAGCGCCGUCACCGCCGUGCACGCCGUCGCGCCCCGGCUCGGCGUGCGCCUGCAGGACGCCCUGGGCUGGGCCAAGAUGGGCAUCGUCGGCUUCAUGGUGCUCUGCGGGGUUUAUGCCGUGGCGCUCCGGCCGGCUUACACGGGGCCGGGGACGGGGACGGGGCCGGGCGGCGCCGCCGACGCGCUGCUGUCGUGGGAGACGCUGUGGCACGGCAGCAACUGGAGCUGGGGCGUCGCGUGUACCGCCCUGUUCAAGGUCUUCUACUCGUACGCCGGGCUGGACAACGUGAGCAACGUGCUCAACGAGGUGAGGGACCCCGUGCGGACGCUGCGCUCCGUCACGCUGACCGCGCUGGUCACCUCGUGCGCGCUGUAUAUGCUCGUCAACGUGGCCUACUUUUUGGUGGUGCCGCUCGACGACAUCCGGGGCAGCGGCGAGCUCGUGGCCGCCCUGUUCUUUGAGCGCAUCUUUGGACAGGACGUCGGCAGAAAGGUGCUGCCCCUGGCCGUUGCCCUGUCGGCAGUCGGCAACGUCUUGGUCGUGGCGUUUGCAAUGGCGCGCCUCAAGCAAGAGAUUGCGAGGCAGGGCUUCCUUCCCUUCUCCGACGUCCUGUCGUCCACCAAGCCCUUCAACUCGCCUCUUGGUGGUCUGCUGGUCAACUACGUACCCUCUCUGCUCGUCAUCGUCUUGCCCCCCUCGAGUGAAGUCUACUCCUUCAUUCUCGAGGUGGAAGGGUACACGGGGCAGAUCUUUGGCCUAGCUACGGGCCUGGGGCUGCUGUGGCUGCGAUACAAGCGACCGAAUCUGAAGCGGCCGUUUAAAGCAUGGAUGUCGGCAGUGGUGUUGAGGUUGUUGCUGGGCGUUGGCCUGCUUGCCGCGCCAUUCUUCCCGCCGGCCGACAAGUACAAGGGCGGUUUGUUCUACGCUACGUAUGCCAUUGUAGGAGUGAGCACCAUCGUGGGAAGCAUUGCGUAUUGGUAUGUUUGGACGGUUGCUGUCCCCAGAUGGAGGGGAUAUAGAUUGGAAGAGGAGACAACAAUACUUACGGACGGGACAUCGGUUACAAAACUAGUUCAUAAACGUAAAUGA